UGUAUCAGCCCGCCACCGCGUCUUUUUUUUUUUUACCCCGAGCAGAGCGUGGCGGGUGGGGGGCGGCGGAGGCUCAUGCGACCCGCCCUCGCCGCCCGCUCCCGGCGCCCUUCCCGGCGGGGCUGCAGGGGGUGUGUGGGGCUCUAAGUGUGGGGACCGGGCGGAGGAGCAGGAGGGCGCCGCGGCCGCCGAGGGACCGGGAGGAUGGCGGACACAGACCUCUUUAUGGAAUGUGAGGAAGAGGAGUUAGAACCGUGGCAGAAAAUCAGCGAUGUGAUUGAGGACUCGGUGGUGGAAGAUUACAAUUCAGUCGACAAAACCGCUACCGUUUCAGUGAGUGUGCAACCAGUCGCCACUCCCAUGCCGAUCGUUGCCCACGCGUCCAUCGGCGGUAACCUCUCCACGCCCACGCCUGUCAGCAGCAGCGGGCCGGUCAACAGCGAUGGGACGAAGAAGACACUUGUUACGCUCUUUGCAAACAACAGCACCGGCACGCCUAUAGUCCAGCAAGGGGGACAGCCGCUGAUCCUCACGCAGAACCCGGCCUCUGGCCUAAGCACCGUGGUCACCCAGCCGGUCCUCCGGCCUGUGCAGGUCAUGCAGAAUGCCAACCACGUCACCAGUGCCCCAGUGACCAGUCAACCCAUCUUCAUCACAACCCAGGGCUUCCCUGUGCGGAACGUCCGGCCUGUGCAAAACACAAUGAAUCAGGUGGGAAUUGUCCUGAAUGUACAGCAGGGUCAGACGGUGAGGCCCAUUACUCUCGUCCCAGCUCCAGGUACCCAGUUUGUGAAACCCGCCGUCGGCGUCCCUCAGGUCUUCUCCCAAAUGGCCCAGGUGAGACCAGGUCCGACCAUGCCGGUCCGACCGUCCUCCAACACUUUCACUACCGUCAUUCCUGCCACUCUUACCAUCCGGAGCACGGUCCCGCAGACCCAGGCGCAGCCGCAAAUGAGCAUUGCCAGCUUCGUGACGGUGAAAAGGCCCGGAGUGACAGGCGAGAACAACAACGAGGUUGCAAAGCUGGUGAACACGUUGAAUACAGUCCCUUCGCUAGGCCAAAGCUCAGGACCCAUCACCGUCUCCAACAACAGCCCUGCCCAUGGCUCCCAGAGAGGGAGCGUUUCCGAAUCCUCCUCCUCCUCCCUGAAAGUCAGUUCUUCGCCGAUCCCCGCCUUUGAUUUGCAAGAUGGUGGAAAGAAAGUGUGUCCAAGGUGCAGUGCCCAGUUUAGAGUUAUUGAAGCUUUAAGAGGCCAUAUGUGCUACUGCUGCCCUGAAAUGGUGGAAUUCCUCAAGAAAGGGAAGCCCUCAGAGUCUGAACCAAAUAUCCAAUCCCCCAAGCCCUCCUCCCCGGAGAAGAACGCUGCCGUUGCCUCUCCGCCUUCCUCCACCCCCAUCCCCGCGCUCUCCCCGCUGGCCAAAGUCUCCGAACAAACCGACGGCACGGGGGACGUGUCUCAGAGCAAGCUGAUCAUGCUGGUGGACGACUUCUACUACGGCAGGGACAGCGGCAAAGCCAGCCAGCUGCUGAAUUUCCCCAAGGUGCCGACGUCCUUCCGGUGCCCGCACUGUACCAAGAGGCUUAAGAAUAACAUACGGUUUAUGAACCAUAUGAAACACCACGUCGAACUGGAUCAGCAGAACGGGGAAGUGGAUGUCCACACUAUCUGUCAGCACUGUUACCGGCAGUUCAACACCCCCUUUCAGUUGCAGUGCCACUUGGAAAACGUCCACAGUCCGUACGAAUCGACCACAAAAUGCAAGAUCUGCGAGUGGGCAUUUGAGAGUGAGCCCAUGUUUCUGCAGCACAUGAAGGACACCCACAAGCCAGGAGAGAUGCCCUACGUCUGCCAGGUCUGCCAGUACCGCUCCUCACUCUAUUCAGAGGUGGACAGCCAUUUCCGAAUGGUCCACGAGGACACGCGGCAUCUCCUCUGCCCUUACUGCCUCAAGGUCUUCAAGAACGGCAACGCUUUCCAGCAGCACUUCAUGCGGCAUCAGAAGAAGAGCGUCUACCACUGCAACAAGUGCCGUCUUCAGUUCCUCUUUGCCAAGGACAAAAUCGAGCACAAGCUGCAGCACCACAAAACCUUCCGCAAGCCCAAGCAACUGGAGGGACUGAAACCAGGCACCAAGGUGACCAUUCGGGCCUCUAGAGGCCAGCCCCGGACGGUGCCCCUCUCUUCCGGUGACAUGCCCCCAGGCCUCAUGCAGGAUGCUGCCUUGGUGUCGGCUUCUUCGGACCCCCAGCCCAACUUCCCGUACCCGCCAUUCCAGAGGAACGUCCAGAAGAAAGCCGUCAGGAAAAUGAGCGUCCUUGGCAGGCAGACGUGCCUGGAGUGCAGUUUUGAAAUCCCGGAUUUCCCCAACCACUUCCCCACCUACGUCCACUGCUCGCUGUGCCGUUACAGCACCUGCUGCUCACGCGCCUACGCCAACCACAUGAUCAACAACCACGUUCCUCGCAAGAGUCCGAAGUAUUUGGCCUUGUUCAAAAACUACACAAUCUGUGGGGUACGGCUGGCGUGCUCCGCUUGCCUUUUUGUGACGUCCGAAGGCGACGCCAUGGCCAAGCACCUCGUCUUCAACCCAUCGCACGAAUUCAGCAACGUCAUUCUCCGAGGUGCUACCUGGGCUUCGCUUCCAAGACCCAGCCAGCCCAUUGACGGCGGUGUGAAGGCGCCGAGCUCAACUUACCCCCCAAGCAAAGUUGCUACUGUGAACACACCAUCUCCUCCACCAGAGGAGGAGAAGAACGAGGCAGCGCCUAAGGAGGGGCCCGAGGCCAUCCAAGAGCCGGCAGCUGCCCCGGAGGAAGAGUGCGUCAGUGUGGAAGACCAAGUUCAGGAGCAGCCGGUGAAAGAAUCUCCCGAACCAGUCAGCAGAAAGGAGCAACUGUCUGUGAAGAAGCUCCGGGUGGUGCUCUUCGCUUUGUGCUGCAACACGGAGCAGGCGGCAGAACACUUCAAGAACCCUCCGAGGCGGAUCCGGCGUUGGCUGAGGAGGUUCCAGGCCUUCCAGGAGGAGAACAUGGCAUCUUUGUCCGAGGGCAAGUACCUGAGCUUAGAGGCUGAAGAGAAGCUGGCGGAAUGGGUCCUGACGCAGCGAGAGCAGCAGUUGCCGGUCAACGAGGAGACGCUCUUCCAGAAGGCCACAAAGAUUGGGCGAUCGCUGGAGGGGGGCUUCAAAAUCUCGUACGAGUGGGCCGUGCGGUUCAUGCUCCGACAUAGCCUCAGCACGCACAACCGCCGGGCAGUGGCUCACCCUCUCCCCAAAGACGUCGAGGAGAACGCCAACUGCUUCAUCGAGUUUGUGCAGCGGCAGAUCCACACCCAGGACCUGCCGCUGUCCAUGAUUGCAGCCAUCGACGAGAUCUCCCUCUUCUUGGACGUGGAAGUGCUGUGCAGCGACGACCGGAAAGAGAACGCCUUGCAGACGGUGGGGACUGGCGAGCCUUGGUGCGAUGUCAUUCUGGCUAUCUUGGCCGACGGAACCAUCCUGCCCACCCUCGUCUUCUACCGGGGUCGCGUGGAGCAGGCUGCAAAUGUGCCAGAGACCAUCGUCCUCGAGGCAAAGGAGAACGGGUACCAUGACGAUGAAGUCAUGGAAGUGUGGGCCUCCAAAGUAUGGCAGAAGCACAUCGAGAGUCAAAACAGCAAAAGCAUGCUAGUCCUGGAUUGCCACCGGACGCAUCUGUCAGAAGAAGUCCUGACUAUGCUGAGCUCCUUCAGCACGUUGCCCGCCGUGGUCCCGGCUGGCUGCAGCUCCAAAAUCCAACCUUUGGACGUUUGCAUCAAAAGGACUGUGAAAAACUUCUUGCAUAAAAAGUGGAAAGAGCAAGCAAAGGAGAUGGCAGACUCCACGUGCGACUCGGACAUCCUCCUUCAGCUGGUCUUGUGCUGGCUGGCGGAGGUCCUAGAGGUGAUCGGUGAUUGCCCCGAACUUGUACAGCAGUCUUUCCUAGUGGCUAGUGUGCUGCCUGGCCCUGACGGCACGGCCAACACGCCGACACGCAACGCCGACAUGCAGGAGGAACUGAUUGCCUCUUUGGAGGAGCAGCUGAAACUCAACAACGAGCCCCGAGACGAGGCCGACCUGCCUGACGGAGCCCAGCAUGAAGAAUCCACCAACCCGGAGAUCCUCCACCAGCUCUUUGAAGGGGAAAGCGAGACGGAAUCUUUCUAUGGCUUUGAGGACGCUGAUUUGGAUCUGAUGGAAAUCUGAGAAACCCGCCAGAGAAGGCUUCUUGCUUUUCUUUGUUUUAACUCAGUGUUGGAUUGAGGCCGUUUUCACUUCCCUGUGGAUUUGUGGGCGUAGGAGCUUUGUAGGUGAACACGCAGGCUAGUAGCCAUUUAUGCUGUUCAUUUCUUAAGGGGGUUUUUUUUUGUGCUUUUUUUUAAAAAAAAAAUCACUGUGUUGGUAUUUUCUGAAGAUAUAUUGUGGGUGAAUAUUUUUUGGCAUUUUCUUUACCUCACUGUAUUAUAGUUUCUGGGGGUUUUUUGUUUUUAUAUUGUGCAAAACGGUUUUUAAUUAUACUACAUCAUCAAUGUGACCUUUUUGGAAGACGAGGAAAACCAGUGUGUAGCUAAUGAAUCAGUAUCUCUAAAUCUUUUCUCUUUUUUUUGUUUUUGUCUUAAUUUGUCUUAACACACGAUUGUUUUUCUUUAACACUCGGACCCAGAGAAGCAGGUUUCUGCAGCAACUCUUUUUUAAAAAGCGAUUAACACAUAAAACAUUCUAUAACGGCCCGUGGAAAUUUGGGAUUUCCUUUUUAAACAAGAAAGCAGCAAUUGAAUGUGUGUGCAUCAUUGUUUCCGGGAGGGAGAGGGUGAAACCUACCCGUUCUUUCGCCAGCCAGCGAGUGGAUCUUUAGACAUGGUAGUGUCGUACUUCCUCAAAAAGGGUUAAUUGAAGAUGCGCUCACAGAAAGUUACUUGGACUUCCUGACGGUUGACAUAAUAGUUUGCCUUUCUCCAGCUGAGAAGCCGUCAAGUCACCUGCUCCUUGGAAUUGCUGACAUUAUACUUUGGAAAAUCCAAGCCCAGCUUGGCGGUCUUUCUGGGUGGGAGAUUUGGGAACUAAUUCCGUGCUGGACCAUUGACUUAAUCUUUUAAAGCUAUCCUUAGCUACUGCAGCCUGCUUUCUCCGACGGCAUCAAGACACUACGUUCCCCAGAGGCCGUGCUCCGAUCAAACCCAGCUGUGACAUGCACAAUGGAGGGAAACUUCUGUUUUUAUUUUCCACUGCCAGCGUAUAAAAAAAAAGAGGAAAAAUGUUUUUUUCUACUGUUUGCAUGUUUGAGAGUUUUUUAAAUCGUUAACGUAUUAUGGUCUAAAAAUGGAAGCAUUUUGACAUAAGAAAAAGUGGGACCCCCCCCCCUUGCACCAUUUCUGUUUCUUUUGAGGUUUCAAGAACCUCCCUUACCACUCCCCCCACCGUGACUUGCAGGCAGCAGGAGGCAGGGCCGGGCCAACCUGUAAAUGGUUCCCCUUUGAAAUGUACAUAUGUGGAACAUUUAAUAAAGCCAGGGAAAUGGAUUUAUAAA